UGGGGAUUGAUGUCAAUUGUGAUGUGAUAUUAUCUUGAUCUUGGAGAGCUGAAGGUGCCAUUUGAUUAAAUCAUAUUAAAAUGCUUAUUACAAUUGCAAUUAAUCAAUUAAAAACGUACUGAGCUCUGACAGGUGAUACUUAAGAUGCGUAGAGAGAGACUGUAAAUUGAAAUGGUUUUUUGAUUGGAUUCACAUUUCCCAUGUUGAUAUCAGAACUCGACCCUCGGAUUUCAUGGAAAAUGACUUCAAAAUGCUGAAAUGUGAUGUAGGUACAGAUUGAAGGUGAAGUUUCAUUCACCUCAGAGUGGUGCAUACUACAUUUGCCUUGAUUCUGUCAAGAGUCUCCAAAAAUGGAUGAUCAGAGAUUUGCCCAUGUGGGAAGGGAUCCAAAGUUCAGGUCUAUGCCUAGAAAAUACAAGAAAGUCAAAAUCGACAAGAGGUUUGAUGCCAUGUUCAAGGAUAAGAGAUUCAAGCUGAAGUACACAGUGGACAAGAGGGGCAGACCUGUUAACUUCUCUUCCUCUGAAGAUUUGAAGAGGUACUAUGAAGCUGACGAGCAGAGUGAUGGGGAGGAUGCAGAAGAGGAGGAGGAUCAGGAGGAGGAGGAUACCAGUGAGGCUGAGGAGCUGGAAGAGGCUGAAGUGAAGGAUGUCAAGGAAGGUGAAGAACCAGAAUCACAAUCAGACUCUGGUGAUGAUGCUGAAGUCAGUGGCAAAGAGGAUGUCAGUGAAACCCCAAUGUCAUCAAAGAAAACAAAAGAGUCUGACAGUAAAACCAAGAAGAAGAAGAAAAAGGCUACUAAAAAGUCAAAAACAUCCCCCAGUGAGCCCACUGCUGACACAUCAGAAGAAAUGAAGCCUGUCAAAAAGACGAAGAAGAAGGACAAGAAGAAGUCGAAGCCUGCCGAGGAGCCGGAGGACGAGGAGGUGGGGGAAGAGGUGCGAGAGCGGCUGCUGGACCUGGCGGUGGACUACGCGCGCGGCGGCGGUGUGCUGAUGGAGGACAGCAGCAGCGACGACGAGUCCGAACCCGAGGAGGCGGAGCUGGAGCACGACUGGGCGGAGCUGGACCGAGAGGCGCCGCGAAUCUCCGACGACGAGACGACGGCGCGACUGGCGCUGUGCAACAUGGACUGGGACCGCAUCAAGGCGCAGGACAUCAUGGUGCUGAUGAGCUCCUUCCUGCCGCCGGGAGGCGUCAUCAGCCAAGUAGCCAUUUAUCCCUCCGAGUUUGGUAAGAAGCGAAUGGCGGAGGAGGAGGAACACGGUCCUCCGGAGCUGUUCGACGUCAAAGAAAAGGAGGACAGCGACUCCUCCGACGAAGACGACGACGAAAGGAAGGACGACGGUGGGCCGACGGGGCUCUCUCAGAUGGAGUAUGUCCGACGGUACCAGCUGAGCCGACUGCGAUACUACUAUGCCGUGGUCAGCUGUGACAGCAGGGAAACGGCCGCUAAAUUAUACGACGAGUGCGAGGGACUCGAGUUCGAGAGCUCUGCCAGCCGUGUCGACCUGCGAUUCAUCCCGGACGAUAUGACCUUUGAUGAGACUCCGCGGGAGGUGUGUACCGCCGUCCCGGAGGCGGGCCGAUACCGACCGAGUCAGUUCGUCACCACAGCACUGCAGCAGCGGCUGGUUCGUUUUACCUGGGACGAGACGGACGCCGAUCGACAGGAGGUGGUCCGACGCGCCGCCACCGCCGGAGAUGUGGAUGACGCCGAUAUUCGGGCCUACCUGGCCGACAGCAGUGACGAGGAGCAGCCAGAGGAGGAGGAGGACGGCUCUGAGCGGGAGGACGGUGAGGACGGGAAGGAGGACGAGAAGGCGAGGAUCGCCAAAUACCGCGCCCUUCUGGCCGAGGGAGAUGACAAGGAUGAGGACAAGCCGAAUGGUGAUGUUGAAAUGGAGAUCACCUGGGGAGGUGUGGAUCUCAAGGAGAAGACUGAGGAACUGGUGAAGAAGAAGGAAAAGGAGAUGGAUCUCACACCCUGGGAAAAGUACAUCGAGAAACAGAAGACGAAGAAAAAGGCAAAGUCGGCCGCACAGAAGGAAGCUGCCAAAGCUGAGUCGUCCGAUGAAGACAGCGACAGCGACAUUCCGUCGGACCUGGCCGACGAUCCGUUCUUCAAGGAGGAGCUCGACGCUCGGCGUGCAGACAACAAAGAGAAGAAGAAAAAGAAGGCCGGAAAGGGGAAGAAGAGCGAGGCGGAGGAGCCGGACGAGAGUGAGAAGGCACAGCUGGCCCUCCUUACGAUGGAUGAUGGCGAGGAGGACAACAGGCGACACUUUGACUUCAAACAGAUUGUCAAAGACGAGACCGCCACCGCCGCCGGCAAAAAGAAAAAGUGGAAAAAGAAACGGAAACCGGCCGAGGAGAAGGCUCCGGCCGAUGAUUUUAAGGUGGACGUGGCCGACCCCCGCUUCACAAAGAUGUUCGAGUCGGCCGAGUUUAACGUCGACCCGUCGGACGCCCGCUUCAAGCCGACUGAGGGCAUGAAGCGACUGGUGGGGGAGAAGCAGCGCCGCGUGGCCGCCGGAGAGGCCCGGCCCGCUGACGAGGAGUCUGCCCCGAAGAAGGCGCGCCUAUCCGCCGCCUCCGCCCCUGCCCCCGCCCCCGCGGAAGACCUCGGCGCUCUGGUGAACGCCAUCAAAACCAAAACGAAACAACUGAAAAAGAAAAAGUCUAAGGUGAAUCGAUAAUAUUUUCAUCGUUACUGCGUGUGGUAAAUACAUGUGCAUGUGUCA